AAAACUUUAUCUUGUCAUAAAAAUACAAAAAUGUCGAACGCUACCAGAAGUCGCUUACUAAUCGUUCUGGUGACACCAAGAAGACAAGACACUAGAAUACAUCAGGUAAUCACCUUUACUUGCCCUUUAUGAAUAUAAGAAGACCUUUAAGUCAGACUACGGUUUUGAAUAAAUUGCGCCGUUAGACAUUUUUCAUACUAAAGCGCAAAAAAAAAAAUAAAUAAAUAAAUAAAAGAAUUGUACACUUAAUUUAGGAGUGAAGACAGACGGAUGUUGAGCCGAGACUGAUGUAGUAUCAACCUUUACAGUCAGACGUAGAAGCUGAUUGUUGUGGAGAAAAGAGAAUCAUAAUUACACAGAGGAGAGAGCGCGUGUUUGUAAAGUUGCAGCACGAGGCUGGGAGAGGUUGUACAUGGAGGCUGCCAGCGGCUGGCUUCGAUCUGUGCGCACCGAGAGCCGCGGGAGGAGACGGAGGGAGACGGCGGUGUGUGUGUGAGUCUCGCCAGUCUCUGGCACCAGGCACAGCGGGUCGCUUACCACACGGCGCGUGUUUCUAACGACACAAGAGACGCUGACCAGUUGUCGGGGAGAUUGUCUGUGGCUGUCUGCAAGAGUAAAGACGACGGUCGCCGGGGACAGGAUCCCGUGACGUGGAUCUCGAGCCAGCUCUCGUCGGUACCCGGUGAGCCACUUGAUGCAGCUCUCGUCCGUGCCGCUGGCUACAGCGCUGUGCUCCAUCCUCCGACCUCUCGGCUGACGCACGCGGCCAUAGCGGAAGUUGUCAUGCUGACCUGCAGGUCCUGGCCUGUCUACAGUCUUACAGUUUGUCAAGUCUUUUUCUGUGUUCUUCUUUCUUUCUCUCUUGACUCCUACACCCGCAGGCUCUGUCCGGCAGAACUGUGUUAGACCACGUGACAAGGGGAUCGGCAGGAGUGGGAUGGGCUUCUUCGCUUAACCCAUUAUCUGCAGCAGCGGACAUGUGCGAAGUUUAACCCAUCAUCUGCUACGUAGUAGAUAUGUAGUUUAAUACAUCAGCUGGUACAACACAAUACCACGUUUUGCUGUGUAUCCUGCCUGUCUACUACGAUCAGCACGUGCAUCCACCCUGGCAUGGGACGUUAAGACAUCGCGUCAUUUCCUGGACCCCGCAGCAUGCUGCCACAGGACCUUCUGGCAUGAACCAGCUGCUUGACAGGUUUCAAAGCCAGACAAUCUUCGCCGAGGGUUCAUCGAUGAUGUAAGUGGCACUGACCUGUUUCAAGAAGACUUUGCACCGAGAGACUCGAAACAACAGUAUUCAAGAUGGUAGACCCUACAGAAGAGGCGAGUCGGCCUAAGCGAGUGAACUUUCGUCAUGAACUUCUUCGCUACCAGAGUCUGCGAGGUCACGACCUGUACGGGUCAGAGGAGGAGUUGGAGAACAAGGGUCAGAACAUUUGGCGGAACUUCAUCUCGCAGUGCUCGGCCACCUUCCUAGCCGUCUUCGCCGUCAUCCCAUCCCGCAACCUGCAGACCAGCAUCCACAUGGCGCACGACCUGGGCAAGGUGUCGCUGUGCUGCAUGUACGCCUCCUACAUCGUCGGCUGCUUCUUCUCCACCCUCAUCCUGCAGCGCUUCCGCGCCAAGUGCAUGCUGCUGUCCUCGCUGUUCUUCCACAUUCUCUACUCCGUCUCCAACGUCAUCCCAUCCGCCUUCACCCUCCUGCCCGCCUCCUGCUUGGUCGGCCUCUGCCAACCUGCCUUCUGGAGCAUUCAGGACUGUUUGUUGCUAGGAUACGGUCUCAAAUACUCGGCCAUGGCCUCGCUGCCUCCACAGAGCGCGCUGCGCUUGUUCCAGACCGUGACCAUCAUAACCAUUCACUCGGCUCAGAUCCUCGGCAACCUCCUCAGCUCCGGCCUUAUUUCCGCUUCCGACUUCCAUUGCGAGGAGGAGCUGGACAGCGCCCACCACCGCCACUACCUGCAGGGCCACAACGGCACGGCGGCGCACCGUCAGCACCAUGGCGGCAAGGUCCUGCACAACGAGAAGUGGACCUACACGCUGCCUUUUAUUCCCAUCCAGACGAGGCGCCUGACCGAGACCUCUCCCUCCGUCAACUUCUACCAGCUGCUGACCCUCAUCUACCUGUGCAUGAGCGUCAUCGCCAUGGGCUCCGUCCUCAUCUUCUUCGAGUCGCCGGACGUGGCGCUGCAGCGCAGGACCUUGGGUUGGCGCGAGAAGCUGCGUGGCGUGCGCAAAUGUCUGACGGACCCCCGCUGGCUGCUUCUCUGGUUCGCCGCCUGCUACAUCGGCUUCGCGCAGGGCAUGAUCAUCUGCGACAUUUCCAAGGGCUAUGGUAGCGACGUGUUUGGCUGUUACAUAGUUGGCUACAUGAUGGUCAGCUUUGGUACCGGCAACCUACUCGCCAUUCUGGUGCUGGAGAAGAUCAAAGCCUGCGGCAUCCAUCCACUGUUACUAACAGCAGGGUUCUUGCUCAACAUCGCCAUGCUGAUCCUGACAUCCCUGUGGCGCCCGACAGAGAGUCAGUCCUGGCAGCUGCUGGUCUUCACGGCCAUGUGGGGUGUGGGUGACGGCACACUACAGUCACAGGCACAGUCGGUGGUCGUGAAGUACGCGCGGGAGGAGCGGGACGUUGCCAUGACGACGUUCCGCGUGUCGCAGGGCCUGGGUCUGCUGGUCAGCUUCAUCGUCUCCAUCUUCACGCGCAGCCUCGUGACCUCCCUGUACGUGGCGCUGCCCCUGCACGUGCUGGGCUUCCUGGGCCUCAUCCUGACGUCGAACGAGCUGACCUCACGCCAGCGCUCGCAGCACAGGGACAACGCUCGCCAGCACUCGCCCACCACCAGCGACAGCAGAGAGCACAGCGACUACCACAACAUCGGCGGAGAUGCUUGAGCCGGUAGGUGGCAGGUCUGGUGAGGAAGAGAGGGAGGUGACCUCAUGACCCUGCCAGCCACAGCAAAAGCCUGCUCACCCAUUCCCUCUUCCCAUCGGACCUUGCAGUGUCUGACAAGUGUCCGUACACUCGAUUUUUGUGUGAGGCUGCUACAAGAUCCGGGCAUGUCAAGACCUUUACCUCAUCCAGGUAUGUCAAGACUGUUACAUGGUUUGGGUACCUCAAGGCAGUGAAGACUGUUUCAUGCUGCAGAGAUGACAAGAUUUGUACACGAUCCGGGGAAUGGAUGAACUGUAACAUAGUGGUCUUGAUAGGUCAAAGGUAACGAGAAUGACAUUGUGUCAAGAUACCGGAACUAGCCUGAGACAAGACACAGCGACCUGACGGUGACCAGACUGAUUUACACAGGUCACGAAUUGUCAAACUGUGGGUCUGGAACUUUCUCUCUACUCCUGUCCUAUGUCUACGCCUCUCCCCUUCUCCCUCCUUCUCCCCUUUUUUUCUACCUCGCCUUCAUCUGACGCCUUGUCUGUCACUCUUUCAUAAUUAGCCCUGCUGGCCGAACCUGAGAGAAAUUUAGAAAAAAAGGUGGACACUAAAACUUUGCGUUGGCUGAAUGGCACCGGAAGUCAGGGCGAGUCAGAAACGGCAUCGACUUGCACAUUGUUCGACUUGCUGUCUAAUUCCUGGAAAUUGCAGAGCUCUCUCGUCAAGACCUGCAGCUCGGCACUCUGUCAUUAGUCACCCCACAUUCUCAGUGAACGACCUGUCCUGCUGACGCGGGCAGGAAACCACAGCUGCUGAAUUAGAAAUAUAUAAUAUAGAUCACAGGAUAUCAUUUGUAAUCACCAUUUGCACAGCAGCACCAAGUGUCUGAAGUGGAGAUGCUCUUACAAGGUCUGGUCUGUCAUUUACGAUGAAUAUUUGCUGUGAAGCGUCUGUGGAAUUUUUUUCUCAUGAGACUUUUUGGCAGGGGGAGCACGAGACGGGGAGCACGAGACGGGGAGCACACUGACUGAAAAACAAAACACAAAAAUGUCGCUGACGGGGGGAAGAAUGCUCGCGCUUUGCUGUCUCUGUUAGACAAAUUCAUAUAAAAAUGACAUUCAGGGGUCCAUACAAAACAACAUCUACUUUCGUUACGAGCAACCACAACAACGAUUUUACUUAUAAAGGGUUUUUUCUGGUGAUUGGUUGCGGACAGUCUGUGCACGACACUAGUUCGAUGAUUAGUCCCUUCACCACAUUAAACAUCAAAACUUUGUAUCCACCACACCACAGAAGUCGGAUGAUUACUAUAACUGGGAGUCUCAUACUGUCUGCUGCCUUAAGUGAUGUCAGAAGGUAAAACUUAAGUCAACCCUCGUGUGCUGCCCACCUAAAAAAAAAAAAUGAAAAAAAUGAAAAAUAAAAUCUGAACUCAUUUCUGCAACAAAUGAAUGGCAGAACUACGCUUUACAACCUGUCGGCAACUGCGAGCUUCAUUUUGGUGUUUAAAUGGUAUUUCAUACAUAUAUAUAUAUAACAAUUUUUUGGAGCGAAGAUCUCGAGAUGACACAGCGCUGUGACACUAUACACUGUCACACAUGUAACACUCAUCCACCCUGCCCACUGUCCACGUGCGUGUUUUAUAGGGUGCAAAGGUCAGAUUAUAGUGACCCUUACAAUCGACACCAAACUGUGAAAACACAACCGCGACUUUGGAGUAAGCUGUAGUGUGUCAACAGUGUAAUGAGCGGUGUAGCCCCGAACUUGUAUUACUGGACUGCUGGCAGACGAUUUGUUUUCCUAGUUAAUUACUAAAACGAGGCAUGCUACUACAAAGCUUCCGGUUUAUUCACAAUUUGUGUUCAGGCUCGCCGAGACUAACAGCGGAGAACUUUGCAAGAGGCUAAGCGUUGGUCUCGGCAGACAGACAGCAGUCCACCUAUACACAUCCGUGGUGUAACCAGUAAAGAAUGUAUAAAACCCCGGGUUUGUAAACAUCGUUUUUUCUUCUUCUUUUUUUUUUUCUUUUUUUGAAGCAGAUGCCUGCUUGUUUACGGUGUAAACGGAAUGUGAAAUAAUAAAAUCUGAAAAAAGAAAUGAUGAAUAGAUAAUUAAGUUUUAUCAUUUUAGUGUAUUUCCGCCAGCGUGUCUCUGGAUUCCUAGUCAGCAAAUGGAGAUGUAAGCUAACGACCACGUGAUAAGUUUUGCGGUUGGUUGACAAAAGCACCGAGCUUUCUGUAGCCUCGUGUUAGUGUUGUAACGGGUGGGUGUGCGGUCAGAAGGAGAAGACAGCGAUGGGUGUGUGGGUCGUGCAGCGGACACCUGAUGGAUCCAUCACUCGCUGCUACUGUGUUGUUACUGUCGUGAGUGCGCGGUCACGUGACAUCAAUUGAAACAGGGUUCGGAGUUUUUGCCACGUGGUGUUUUCCCUUCUAUACCUAUUCAUUUUUGCAUGGUGUCAGUCUCAUUUCUUUAAUGAAAAUUCAACUGAUUUAGCUCCCUGUGCUCUUGUUCACCUGCACACUGUUCAUACUGUUCAUUGUGUUCACAACGUUGGAGUAGAUGUACAGUCUUUUGUUCCUUUGGUCUCACUAAUGUCACAACUCUCCUUCACAGAUAUGCUUGUGCGUUGUGUUAGGAUUGUAAAUGUGAAAUGUGAUUACACUUCACACUUCACACAUCACUCAUGAUGUUUGCUUGUUUACUUUUUUCCAUGCUCGUCAAUCUUGCUGCUGCUGACACAACAACCACAUAUCGUGGAGAACGCAAUACUUGUGUUAGAAAUACAAUAUUUGUUUUAGAAAUAUAUUUGUUCUGUCCUUGUGUAAUAAAAGACAGCUUUAACCGUU